GACACGGUGACGGAAUUGCAAUAGAUUUUGCUUCUAGCUGAUAUUGAAUUUCCAAAAGACAGGUGACCGAUUUAUAGUUAGCAACGAGUGGCCGUUUACUGAGGUACAGUUUCCUCAUUUUAUCCUGUGACAAUUUAUUGAUCAUUGUAGUCUUUUUAAGUGAUGAGUUGGUUAUAUAAAUUGUGCCCUGCGCUGGAGUUGAGCAAGCACGUGGUUUUAAAUCUGGAAUAUUCGGCCAACUUGUUUAUGAACGAUUCAGGCAUGUCGGCGAAAUUCAUAACACUAGCUUUUAUAAUGGUUCUGGCGACGGAAUGUUUGGCUUUACCACUAUCGCAGUCAGAGAACGAGAUGGAAAAGGCAAGCGCCCAGCCUUGGGAGAGGAGGCUGCGUCGUGGCGCAGCAGGCGCAGGCUCAGACAAAGCGGUUCAAACGCGCGACGCCAGGAUGGAGCGCCUACCGUCUUUACCGGAGGAUCAACGCGAAUUUAUGUCAAAACAGAUCCUCCAAGCUCUGUCAGAGAUAAUUCAUCGGGACGACUGCAUUUCUGACUACCAGGGUUGGGUAGACUUCGGGCGACGGAGCUCCGACUGAAGUUGUUAUUCGCAGUUAACAGUCUACAGCUGUUCGUUUUUCAUUAAAUGACUUGAGACUUGACUUGCA